GAGAUGCGCGAAAACAGUGGUGCUGACACGCAGAAAUCCGGAGGCGUGUCGCGUUUUUUUGUUUGUUUAUUUUGUAUUUUCUUUAAUAAAGCUUAAUUAAGAUUGUCGUUAUUUUUGGCUUUAGAAGUUAUUUUAGUCACUGUAUGCUUUUAUCUCUGAUUUUGUCUUUGGUUGGGCCUUCAUUGCUUCGUGUACCUCGUUUCACGCGUUGCUGUUUUGAGUCGACAGCGUUUGACAGUGGCUCUCACGGUGAGCCAAGUAGCGUUUGGUUCGCCAUCGAGCUAGCUAUCCCUCUAGUCCCCCAUGUAUUGCUAGCUACCGUUAUUAGUAACGGGUAAGCCAUUCGGAGGGGCGGUUGACAAGAGGUAGCUAACGUUAGCGAGCAAAACCGCAUAUCUGCAUUUCGUCAAUGGGCUCAUGAUAACAGGUGUUGUAGCUAACGUUAGCUAGUUGAAUGAGCGGCUGUGAACUGACACCUGGUUGACAGCUACAGACGGAAGAAAAGGCUAAACUUGCUUGCUGCGUAUUGUUGUCAGUGUCAGCUGUCCAUAUUAAACAGUCGGGAACUACGGCACCGGCAGCUGUUCGUCUGUCUGUGUACAAAGCAGUCGGCACCGUUAGCUGCCUUUCGACUCGAAACAGCCCCUCGUCAAAAAAUAAGAAGCUUUCAUCUAGAGAAGACUCACUCUCUUAACGCGGUCCUGGCUGGAGGAGCUCUCAUCAACCAGCUGCUGCACUGAGACGCACGGGCGGAUAUAUUGACGGAAGGACGGACAUAUAGACCCACUCACCUGGCGUCUCUUCCCCGUCUCGGCUGUUUUCUCCCCACCCCCCUUAUAUGGAGCGCGCUAUGGAAUACCCUCGCCCAGUGGAGCGGCCCAGUCCUCCUCUGUAGAGCCCUCUCCUGGGGACACACUCCGUAAGGAAUCGGCACAGAACAGCUGAUCUCCUCGUCAGUCUCUUGAGUCCUCCUACCCUCCCUUGAGAAGAUGUCCGUGAGCCUGGCUGGGGAGGACAUUCAGACGGAGGGUGGAAGUAGUAGACCACUCAAUGAUGACUCGAGGAGGAAGCACUCCCCAUCCCCUGAACCUUUCCCGGGACAGGAGGGCACUUGGGGCACCGGGGAGGGCAUGGAGGCAGAGGAGAGCGUCACACAGGACUCACAGAGGCGUACUCAGAACCACGGACACGGCAGGAAAAGAGCCAGGUCCAAUGCCAAGCUGAAGCUGGUGAGGAGCCUGGCGGUGUGUGAGGAAUCAUCAGGUCCGUUCUGUACUGACGGACCUCCAGACAUUAUCCAACUCCACAUCAGCUGUCCCUCGGACAAGGAGGAGGAGAAGUCUUCUAAGGAUGACUAUGAGAACGAGGAUGAGGAGGAGAAGAACAGGACUCCACGCAAGAUGCUGUCACGAGACUCCAGCCAGGAGUACACAGACUCCACCGGUAUCGACGUGCACGACUUCCUGGUCAACACACUGAAAAACAACCCCAGGGAUCGAAUGAUGCUGAUGAAACUAGAACAAGAUAUCCUGGAGUUCAUUAAUGACGACAAUAACCAGUACAAGAAGUUUCCCCAGAUGACGUCGUACCAUCGCAUGCUGCUGCACCGUGUAGCGGCCUACUUUGGCAUGGACCACAACGUAGACCAGACUGGCAAGGCCGUCAUCAUCAACAAGACUGGCAACACACGCAUCCCAGAACAGAGGUUCUCAGAGCAUAUCAAGGAUGAGAGGAACACGGAUUUCCAGAAGAAGUUUAUCCUCAAGAGGGACGACGCCAGUAUGGACAAGGACGAUAAUCAGAUCCGCGUGCCGCUGUCGGACGGGCGGCGCAGCAAAUCCAUAGAGGAGAGGGAGGAGGAGUAUCAGAGAGUACGAGACCGGAUCUUUUCCCGAGAAUCCUCUCAAAAUGGAUACUCCAACGACAACCGACUUUCCCCUGAAGGCUACUCCUCUACCUCUCAAAAGAGGAGGCAGAUCUUUAGGGGUAACCUUGAGAGCUCCAGCUGUGCGUCCAGCAGUCGUCAGAGCAGCACUGACAGUGAUAUGAAGUGCCUGGAGCCAAGGCCCUGGAGCAGCACAGACUCUGAUAGUUCAAACAGGACCCUACGGCCCCCGGUCACCAAGGCUUCCAGCUUCUCCGGCAUCUCCAUUCUGACCAGAGGAGAUAGUCUGGGCAGCAACAAGAGCUCUCAGGGCAGCUGCAGGGGCUCACGCACUGGACUCCCACUGGUGAGUCCAGACAUGUGUCCCCAGCCCCCAGUCCCCCAGCCUGGCCCCUGCCCCGGGGGUCGCAGUCUGCUGCCCUGCCCCUCCCAGGUCCAGACCCAACCCCCCCAGACCGCCCUACUGCCCACCCCACAGCAACACCCCAUGGGCAACUACAACCAUAACCUCAUGACUCAGCCGGUGGGGUGUCUGCAGCCCUCUCAACCUGUGUCCUACUCCUCCUCCUGUCCCCAGGUCCUCCUGCCUGUCUCUUCCCCCCAGCAGUACAUGGGUGAGGAGCUGUCUCCCCACUUCAGCCAGAUGACUCUGAGUCGACAGAGUUCCAGCGAGGCCCCGGAGCCCCCCGCCAUGUACCAGACCCAGGGGCCCACUGUCCUCACCCAACACCCUCCACCCCAGACGGGCUAUAUCAUGACCACCACGGCCCAGCCCCUGUCCCCUCAGUCUGGCUACCAGCCUAACACCAGACACCUCCAUCAUCAUCCUGCUCCUCCUCCUCCUCCACCCCCUCCCUCCCAGACCAUCAUGCAGCCCACACCGCCGCAGGGGUACAUGCAGCCGUCUCCCCCUCAACAGAUAUCUUAUUACCCCCCUGGGCAGCAGUACCCCAGCACAGGGCAGCAGUACCCCAGCACAGGGCAACAGUACCCCAGCACAGGGCAACAGUACCCCAGCACAGGGCAGCAGUACCGGCCUGGACCCAUGUCUCACCAGGUGUCCUACCCUGCUCAGCCCAUGCCCCAGCCCAUGGCUCAGCCCACACAGCAGUCUGCUCUCCAGACCAUGAUGCCCAGCCAGCAGCCCCAGUACCAGGGAAUGAUAGGAGUAUCCCAGCAGCCCCAGAACCAGGCCCUCCUCACCUCCCAGGGGCAGGGCAUGCAUGGACAGGUGACGGCCAUGAUGGUCCAGUACCCACAGAUGCCCUCAUAUCAGCAGGUCCCUGUGGCCAGUGACUCUCAACAGGUGAUCCAGCAGUACCAGCAGCAGGUCAUGGUGCCAGUCAGCCAGUCUGUGCAGACUGUCCAGGGGCCCAUGCCCGUAUACUACAGCGUCAUCACUCCCACACAACAGAACAGCACAAGUCCAUCAGUAGGGUACCUGCAGCCCAGCUCAGAGCAGUACCAGAUGAACCCGUCUACUUCUCCCUGCAACCCUCCACAGAUACAGCAGCAAUAUUCAGGGGUGCCCCCCCCAGGGCCUGGGGUGAUGGUCAUGCAGCUUAGUGUCCCCAACAGACCCCAGCCUACCCACAAUCCUCCUCUGGUCCAGUGGAACCCCUGCAAGUACUACAGCCUCGAGCAGAGACCCAGUAAGCCUGGAGAACUCUACAAAUCUGACAACACACAACAGACGAGUACACAGAUGCAGAGCAGUCCUCUGUCCUCCCCCACCCAGUCUCCUACCCCCUCCCCCUCAGGCAGCGUGAGCAGUGUCUGUCCAGGCCUCGGCCCUCUGCCCCUACUGUCACAGUUCCCCCGGCCCGGACCAGGGCCCGCACAAGGUGACGGGUGCUACUCUCUGUUGGGCCAGCCUCUCCAGUACAGCCUCGGUCCUUCUCCUCUCAUCCACAGCCAGACCAAUUACAGCUCACAUCAGAGCCAGGUAGGAAUGAAGCAUGGGGCGAGAGGGAAGAGACAGACGCUGAAGUCUCAAUCUACAGACCUGGGGACCACUGACGUAGUGGUGAGUCGGGUGCUGGAGGUGACAGAUCUCCCAGAGGGCAUCAGUCGCCCUGAGGCUGAGAAGCUCUUCAACCAGCUGUCCAUGUGCGGUGCGAAGAUCCAGUGGCUCAAGGAUCCGGUGGCGGGGGGCCGUGGAGGCUACGGUUGCCCAGGAGGGCAUCGUGGUCCUGGGGCUGGGAUGGGGCCUGGAGGGGGGAAGGGCGACGGCAGCGACCCGGCUCACCUCUACACGGUGGUGGCUGUGUUCCCUUCCACCAUGGCUGCACAGAGUGCUUCCUUCAAACUCAACAACAGUGGGGCGAGCCUCUUCAAACUGAGGGCCGCCAAAAAGAACUAUGACCUAAGAGUCCUGGAGAGGGCCAGCUCCCAGUGAAAAGGAAGAGGAGGGGAGAGGGCCAGCUCCCAGUGAAAAGGAAGAGGAGGGGAGAGGGCCAGUGAAAAGGAAGAGGGGAGAGGGCCAGCUCCCAGUGAAAAGG